GAAAAAAAGAAAUGUCCAUGCCUUCCCUUCAAAUCGUCACCGGCAGAAAACAGACUGAAGAUUUUGACACAAAUCCAAAUCCAAAUCAAUUCAUUUCAACAGCAAUGGAAGAAUAUCCAGAAGAAUUACGCACGCCACCGGUAGCACUGGUUUCACUAGUAGGCUGCACGGAUCACCACUCGCUAAUCUCCUCUUUUCUCAACGCUGAACAACCGCCGAUAAACACUUUAGCCUUACCCGAUUUCUCCAAAAUCACUCUCCUCCUCUCCAAGCCGACCAAAUCUGAUCCAGCUAAUAAUGGAGGAAUUUUAAAGAGAGAUUGGCUACUUAAACAUCGAACUCGAGUUCCGUCUGUCGUCGCUGCUCUUUUUAGCUCCGGUCAUGUUUCUGGCGAUCCUGCUCAAUGGCUUCAAGUUUGUACUGACAUUGAAAAUAUCAAAAAUGCGACUCGGCCGAAGAAUAUUAAAUUGAUUGUUGUUGUUGUGCAAUCUUCUUCGAAUGAUGAGAUCAGUGAGGAUCGAAUGAUUGCGUUACGCAAGCGUGCGGAAAUUGAUGCGAAAUAUCUUGUUAUUUUCAAUGCUAGUGAUGAUUUGCUACUGAAACAAUCACUUGACAGGCUGCGAGGCACGUUUGCGGAAUUAGCGAAUGUGUAUUAUAAAGAUGAAGGGCGGAAGAUUAAAACUCGUGUUGAAAAGAAGAGUUUCAAUUCUCAUGAGUUGAAUGUUCGCUAUUGCUUUAAAGUUGCUGUAUAUGCAGAGUUCCGGAGAGAUUGGGUUGAAGCUUUGAGGUUUUAUGAGGAUGCAUAUCAAAUAUUGCGGGAGAUGGUUGGGACAGCAAAGAAGUUGCCAUUGAUUCAACGCCUGGUUCAGAUAAAAACUGUUGCAGAGCAAUUGCAUUUCAAAAUAGCAACCCUGUUAUUGCAUGGUGGAAAGGUGGUAGAAGCAAUUACAUGGUUCCGCCAGCAUAAUGUUUCAUACAGGAGGCUUGUAGGACCCACAGAUGUUGCAUUUCUUCACUGGGAAUGGAUGAGCAGACAAUUUCUGGUAUUUGCUGAAUUGCUCGAGACAAGCUCAAAAACUAUUCAUAGCAAUUCAAAUACAACUGCAGGCACUGCAGACCUGGCUUUGACUGAGUGGGAAUUUCUACCAGCUUAUUAUUAUCAGUUAGCUGCACACUACUUGAAGGAGAAGAGAACUACUUUGGAACUUUCAAUUACAAUGUCUGAAACUGCUGAUGAAAUUGAUAGUAAUGCUGAAUCUGUAGCACCUUCUAUUUAUGUCGGUCAGUUUGCUCGGUUACUUGAGCAAGGGGAUGCCUUAAUCAUGCAAUCCCUUACUGAUGAAGAGUACACUCAUUAUGCUAUUGCAGAAGGAAAAAGAUUUCAAGAUUCCUUUGAAAUUAUUGCUCUUCUUAAAAAAGCUUAUGAAACAUUCUCUAAUCUCAAAGCCCAGAGGAUGGCCCACUUAUGUGGGUUCCACAUGGCAAAGGAAUACUUUGGGGUAGGUGAUUUAAGUAACGCAAAGCAAUUACUUGAUGCUGUUGCAUCUCUAUACAGACAAGAGGGUUGGGUCACUUUGUUGUGGGAAGUCUUGGGUUAUUUGCGAGAGUGCUCAAGGAAAUCUGGUAGAGUGAAAGAGUUCGUUGAGUAUUCUCUUGAAUUGGCUGCAUUGCCUGUAUCAUCGGAUUCUGGGAUCCAGUCUCUCAGGUAUAAAGAAUGUGGUCCUGCUGGUCCUGCAAGUCUUGCGCAGAGAGAAAUUAUACACAAGGAGGUUUUUGAGCUUGUUAGCGGAGAAACCGGGUUACAAUCAGUUGAAGGCAAUAGUGAUCUCAAAGUGAAUGGAGAAAAUCCACUGCAUCUUGAAAUUGAUCUCGUUAGUCCCCUUAGAUUGGUACUUCUUGCUUCAGUUGCUUUUCACGAACCAGUUAUUAAGCCAGGAGCAUCCACCUCGAUUACAGUGUCACUUCUAUCACAAUUACCUCUACCUGUUGACAUAGAUAAAUUAGAAGUACAGUUUAAUCAAUCAGAGUGUAACUUUGUCAUCACAAAUUCUGAAAGCCCAUCAGCUGCAGUAUCCAGUGGCCAACAAGGUUGGCGAAUUGAAAGUGCUCCUUCUUUGGCACUUGUUACAAACAAAUGGCUGAGGUUAACGUAUGACGUCAAACCAGAACAAAGUGGGAAGCUAGAGUGCAUAUAUGUCAUUGCAAAAAUGAGACCCCACUUCACAAUAUGUUGUGGUGCUGAAAGUCCUGCUUCGAUGGAGGAUCUACCUCUUUGGAAGUUUGAAGACUGUGCUGAAACUUUUCCAACGAAGGAUCCUGCUCUUGCAUUUUCUGGUCAGAAGGCUGCCCAGGUUGAAGAACCAGAACCACAAGUGGAUCUUAUUUUAGGAGCUACUGGGCCAGCAUUAGUUGGGGAAUGCUUCAAAAUUCCUGUCACUGUGGUCUCCAAGGAUCAUGCCAUAUUCUCUGGUGAGUUGAAAAUCAAUCUGGUAGAUGUAAAAGGAGGUGGGCUGUUUAGUCCCAGGGAAGAGGAACCAUUCUCUAUGGACAGCCAUCAUGUUGAACUUCUUGGAGUUUCUGGGCCAGAAGGAGAAGAUGAAUCUCUAGUGGGUCCUGACAAAAUUAAGAAAAUUCAGCAGUCUUUUGGUUUGGUUUCUGUUCCGGUCUUAAAAGAUGGAGAAUCAUGGUCCUGCAAGCUAGAAAUUAAGUGGCAUCGACCCAAACCGGUUAUGCUCUUUGUAUCAUUAGGCUAUUUUCCAGAUAGCAAUGAAUCAACUUCACAAAGAAUCCAUGUCCACAAGAGCUUGCAAAUUGAAGGAAAGACUGCUGUUGUGUUUAGCCAUCAGUUUAUGCUGCCAUUCCGCCAGGAUCCACUGUUGCUCUCAAGAAUCAAGUCUGUCCCUGGAUCAGAUCAGUUGGCGGCACUUCCUCUUAAUGAAACUAGUGUACUAGUCAUUGGUGCCAAGAACAGCAGUGAGGUUCCUUUGCUAUUACAGUCAAUGUCUAUUGAAGUGGAUGAUGGCGUUGAGAGGCCGUGUACCUUGCAACAUAGUGGCAUGGAUCUUAUAAGUCCUGCCCAUCUAGUUCCUGGAGAAGAGUUCAAAAAGGUUUUCACUGUCAUUCCUGAAGUGGAAUCUGUUAGUCUUGAUUUGGGGUCAGUGUCUCUAAGAUGGAGGAGGAAUUCUGAAAAGGAAGAUCUGUCCACUUCUGAUACAAAAAAAGAUUGGGUUUUGACCAAACAUAAACUUCCCAACAUAAAAGUAGAGUCGCCCCCAUUGGUAUUGAGUCUGGAAUGUCCUCCUUAUGCUGUUCUUGGAGAUCCCAUUAUGUACUUGAUUAAAAUUCGGAAUCAAACACGGUUGCUUCAAGAGGUCAAGUUCUCACUGGCAGAUGCACAGAGUUUUGUGUUAUCUGGGUCUCACAGUGACACAGUUUUUGUUCUUCCAAAAUCUGAGCACACCCUUAGCUACAAGCUUGUGCCAUUGGCUUCAGGUUCACAACAAUUGCCUCGAGUUACAGUGACCUCAGCAAGAUAUUCAGCUACAUUUCAACCCGCAAUUGCUGCAUCUACUGUCUUCGUCUUCCCCUCUAAACCUCAUUUCACGACAACUGAUAUGGGAGACAAUAAACUGGAAUCCAUCUGAGCCGAGUAAAUAAUGCUCCCUUUGCUGGUAAAUAUUUUGCAGAAACCAGGUCCAGUCAUUGAAGGAUGCACUUACUAAUCAGUGUAUCAUUGCUCUGCCCUAUGGGAGGAUGCGUUGUUGUUAAUUGGACCUUGUCUUUCUGGAGACUUGAAAAGGAUAAUCCAGUUGGAGUCUUCCAAUUGGAUGAAAUCUCUUCAGAGAGCUUGAGUUUGGGAUCCUGGUACUUUUUUUCCAACAAAUGCACACUCAUCCAUCCUGGUAUGUCAUAUCGUCAUUGUUAAUUUGUUAUGGUUAGUACAGAUAAUGAUUUGCAUGUUUGGGAAGAUUGAUUUCCUAAUAGGAAAUUCUUAUAUUCCAAAGGAAAUAUUAUGCAAUGUGCAACCUCAAGUAGGUGUUAAAAUGUUUGACAACACAGUCCUGUUUGCUAGGUGUCAAUUCAUAGAUUUUGCAGUGCCAACAUGGGAGUCGAAGUUUGCAUCAGAUGAUAGAUAAAGUUAAUCAUGCUGUUAGAUUUGUAAUAUUUUUUUUUUUUUGAAUGUUCUCAGAAUAAAAAUGUGAAAGGAAAUACAUUGAUGCACUUGGUAAA